AUUAAGGCAGACCAAUUAAAACCAACAACAACAACAAUGUGGCCUUCAACAACAAGAAGCAAAAAGCAGGAUCAUCAUCAUCAUCCAAAUGUGGUGUUUAGCAUUUGGGUUUCUGCUCUUCUCUUCUUAGUGUUCAUCAUCCUCCCUCUUCUUGUACCAGGUUCCCGUCGUCGUCUUGCUAAGGAUUCCUUUCCGAGUCUCAUAUCUUCGUAUCGGAUUUUGAGUCGUCGUAGCUGGCCCACUCCUUCUUCGUUCAUCACCAAUGAUGCCGCGGCUUCUCUCACUGCAAAUAACCCACUCGCUGUCGACACACGAGAUGGUUUCCAAGGAAAAGAAGCCGCCGCAGUUGAUGAUGAUGAUGAUGAACAGCUUAUUGCUCAUUUCUACACAAAUGGUUCUGUAGCAGAUAGAGAUAAUCAUCAUGCUGCGGCUGCUUCUGAUCAUAAUCAACCAUCUCCUCCUAUAGAAGAAGAGAAAGAGAAAAAGACUAGUGGUGAAGAAAUGGCAUCAUCAAGAGGUGCAAUUACUAAGAAUAAGAAGAAGAUGAGACAAAGAAAGGUAGAGGGGAUAUUGGCAAAGGCAAGGUCUGCCAUUAGAAAUGCUUCUAGGAGUAUGGUUUCCCUUCACCAUGACCCUGAUUAUGUCCCUCAAGGACCCAUCUAUCACAAUGCCAAUGCCUUUCAUAGGAGCUACUUGGAGAUGGAGAGGGUGUUCAAGAUGUACGUGUACUCGGAAGGGGAGCCGCCGAUCUUCCACAACGGACCCUGCAGAAGCAUAUACUCCACCGAGGGGAGGUUCAUCCACCAGAUGGAGAAGGGGAGUCUGUUCCGGACCAACGACCCCGACGAGGCGCUGGUCUACUUCCUCCCCUUCAGCGUCGUCGUCAUGGUCCAGUACCUCCACGUCCCCGGGGCCCGCCACAUGCACCCCAUCGGCAACACCGUCGCCGACUACGUCUCCCUCGUCUCUUCCCGCCACCCCUUUUGGAACCGCAGCCUCGGCGCCGACCACUUCAUGCUCUCUUGUCAUGACUGGGGGCCGUACUCGACGACUUACGUGCCGGACCUGUUCAACAACUCCAUCAGAGUGCUGUGCAACGCCAACACCUCCGAGGGGUUCGAUCCCCGGAAAGACGUCCCGUUGCCGGAAAUCAACCUGAAGACGGGAGAGAUCGCCGGCCUCAUCGGCGGGCCCUCCCCGUCCAGGCGCUCCAUACUUGCCUUCUUCGCGGGCGGUCUGCACGGGCACAUAAGGCACGUCCUCCUAGACCGGUGGAAGAACCGGGACCCGGACAUCCUGGUCUACGACAAGCUGCCGGCGGACGGCAAGUCGCCGUCGUACGAGUGGAUGCUGAGGAACAGCCGGUUCUGCCUGUGCCCGAGCGGGUACGAGGUGGCGAGCCCGCGGGUCGUGGAGGCGAUCUACGCGGAGUGCGUGCCGGUGCUGAUAUCGGAGGGGUACGCGGCGCCGUUCGGCGACGUGCUGAACUGGAAGGCGUUCUCGGUGGCGGUGGCGGUGGAGGACAUAGGGAGGCUGAAGGAGAUACUGAUGGGGAUAUCUGGGAGCCAGUAUGUGAGGAUGCAGAGGAGGGUGAAGCAGGUGCAGAGGCACUUUGUGAUCAAUGGUCCUCCCAAGAGAUUUGAUCUCUUCCACAUGGUUGUUCACUCUAUCUGGCUCAGGAGAUUGAAUGUCCGCCUCGCUUCAUGAUAUUUAUUGCUGCCUUGAAAUUUUGGGUUUUUUCUGUCUUUGAUUGAAACUAUUUUGGUUUCAAUAUAUUUAAGAAUGUGGCCUUCAUGAAUUGGUUUUUCUAUGAGAUUUGGGGUUUGGAAUAUGGUCGGAUAGUCUUUUCAAUUGUGAAUCACUUGCAAAUUAAAGCAAUUUCAACGGU